AUGGCAGACCUCAAGCUCGACUUCGUCACCCUGGACGUCUUCACCGACACCCGGUACCUAGGCAACCCGCUCGCGGUAGUCUUCGUCCCGGCCGCCCUCCAGGACCGCCUCGACCAGACCACCAAGCAGCGCAUCGCGCGCGAGUUCAACCUCUCCGAGACCGUAUUCCUGCACACACUCCCCAACGAGCCCAACCCGGCCACCACCCGGCAAAUCGACAUCUUCACCCCCAAGAAGGAGCUCCCCUUCGCGGGGCACCCGACCAUCGGCUCGUCCUACCUGGUCCUGCAGCACCUCGGCUGGGGCCACAUUGACACGCUGCAGACGAAGGCCGGGCCGAUCCGCAUCGAGGCGUUGGCGGGCGGGGCAGGCAACGGCCGCAUCCGGGCGGCGAUCCCGCACGCGGUGCGCAUCCACCAGAACACGCUGGACAGCCUGAUCCAAGCCCCCUCCACGGCGUCGGCGACGGUCAAGGCCGUUGAGAAGGGGCUGUCGCCGCACGCGGACAUCCGCGCGGCCGAGCUGAGCGCGCCUGUUGUCAGCAUCGUCCGCGGCAUGAGCUUUGUGCUGGUGCGGUUGGAGAGUUUAGAGCAGCUAGGGCGCGCGCCGCCGGUAGCGGAUAUUGAUUUUGGCGGGAUUGAUUUGCUGGAUGAAGGGGAGUGGCGUGAGAGUCAUACUUCGAGGUAUUACUAUGUUUUGGGGGAUAAGGAGGGGUCUGUGGGUGAGGAUGGGAGGACUAGCAUCCGGACGAGGUUGCUGCGGAUGGGGUAUGAGGACCCUGCCACUGGCAGUGCGGCGUGCACGCUGGCGAGCUAUCUGGCUUUGAAAUCGGGGGUGGUCGACAAGGAGGCGUCUUUUGCGAUUACGCAGGGCGUGGAGAUGGGGAGGCGGAGUGACAUUGCCGUUGAUGUGUCUGUCCAGAAUCUUGAUCCAUCGGGUGAGAUCGGGGUCAAGGAAGUUCACCUUGGUGGAACGGCCGUGGUUGUUAUGAACGGGAGUCUCAUCUCAGGCGAGGUCCCAGAGGAGCCCGUGGUGUCGCGGAAGACAGGCACCGUGUUUGAGAAGCGGCUCAUCCUCAAGUACAUCGAAGAGAACGGGAAGGAGCCCGGCACCGACGAAGAGCUCGAUCCCGAAGACCUGCUGGCCGUCAAGACCAGUCGCGUGGUCCGGCCCCGCCCGCCAAACUUCACGUCCCUGCCGUCGCUGCUCAAGGCCUUCCAGGACGAGUGGGAUGCGCUGGUGCUCGAGACAUACAACACGAGGGAGCAGCUGUCGCGGACCAGGGAGGAACUCGCCACCGCCCUUUACCAGCACGAUGCAGCGGUCCGUGUCAUUGCGCGGCUGACUAGGGAGCGGGACGCAGCUCGCGAGGCUUUGUCUAAUGUUACCGUUGCGCAGGCAGCAACGGGGCCUGCGAAUGGCGAUGCUAUGGCCGUUGACAAUGAGAGCCUGCCGGAGCACCUGGUGGAACACGUGAACGAGUUGCAGCAACAAUUAACCAAGGGCCGAAAGAAGCGCCCCGUUCCCAAGGGUUGGGCCAAUUCAGACGACGUGGCCGGCCUCCAGCAAGUCGCGUACACCGACCUGACCGUCUCGCAAGCAUCAUCCCUCGACACCGAAUCCGAGUACGCGGCGAUUGGCGGCCUGGAUGGGAAGCUUGAUAUCUACUCGAUCCAGGGCAACACAGUGGAGAGGACGCUCGAGAUUGGCGAGCCGGUGACGGCCACGGCCUGGACUGGGAGCAAGGUCAUCCUGGCUACGGCGAAGGGUUCUGUUAAGGUGUUCGAUAACGGCAGCGAGACGGCCUCGUUCCAAGCACACGCCGGCCCAGCGACGGGUCUCUCCGUACAUCCGGGCGGACGGAUUUUUGCCUCUGUUGGCGUGGACAAGAGCUUCGUAUUUUACGAUCUGGAGUCGCUGGCACAGGUGUCUCGGUGCUACACCGAUGCUUCUCUCACCGCCUGCGCAUUCCACCCCGAUGGCAAACUCUUUGGUGCCGGGACACAGUCAGGGGAUAUCAAGGUCUUCCAGUCCGAUACCGGCGAGCAGGCGGAAAGCUUCAACCUCGGCACGCCGGUGCAGACGGUCGUCUUCUCUGAGAAUGGCUUCUGGUUCGCUGCGGCGGGCAAGGGCCAAUCGACGACGACCAUUUUCGAUCUGCGGAAAUCGGGACCGGCGGCUCAGGUUAAGGAACUGCAGACGGGUGAUGCUCAAGACCUGGCAUGGGACUACACGGGCCAGUACCUGGCGACGGCUGGUUCGACCGGCGUCACGGUGCAGAUGUACUCGAAGGGUUCCAAGUCAUGGUCCGAGCCGCUUCGCACCAGCACACCUGCUACUGCGCUCCGAUGGGGUGCCGAGGCCAAGUCCCUGGUCACGGUGAGCAAGGAGGGCGUGGUUUCCGUGCUUGGGGCUAAGGAAUGA